UUUAAUAAAAAAAUUACAAAUGAAAUCAAAAUAAAUUGUUUGCAAUGAACUUUUAAGCUCACCUUACAGUUUUAAGCCUAUACUGAUUAUUGUGUUAUUUUAAUGAAAAAAUGAAUGCAAUUGUUGGUUUGUGCCAUUUUUGUGAAGCUCAUGGGCCUCGACCAUUGUUCUGUACAUUUACAACAGACAAUGAUGCACAUACAACUGAGUCAUCGAAUUGCGCAGUUCAAUGUAGUGGAUGUACUUCUGUAGGACCUGAAACUGUUUACGUAUCAAGGGAUGAUGACGGAAUUAUUUUUUGUAGCAGAGAGUCGGUUCCUAACGCUGAUGUCACUGCUUUCUUGAGGCAGGCUGCUCUACGAAGUAUUACUUGUGAAGUGAGUUGGAGUAAAGAAGGUGGAGUGGUAUACUUCAGUGAUACCCAAGGACAUGUCCUGAGUCUCAUGUUUCAUUUAAAAGAUACAAGGGCGAGGGGUCUCAAAAGAUUAUUUUCAAUAGUUGUUCUGAUGAAAGAUAAAAUGUUACUUCUUAAUGUAACUCCAGUGCUUUCGGAACACAUGCAGAAAAUUGCAAAGGAACUUCAACAAUUAGCAGAUAUAGUAUAUGAUAAUGAACAAAGUAUUUGUUCUCAAAGAGCUUUGAGGCUGAAUACAGGAAGAAAUGAUUUUGGCCAGUCUAGAUCUCUCACACAGCUCACAGGAGACGAUGAUAUUUUUAAAAAACUUCAUUCUCAUUUCACAUGGAUGCUAAGGACCGGAGCUGUAACUUACUCAGAAACUCUUUAUACAAGUCAAGAUUUACUUAAAAAGCUAAACCCUCAAAUGACUAUUGGGACGAUAUUUGAUGAAAGUGCUUGUAUGGUGACAGAAAAUGAUGAUAUAUCUCUGAGAGAACUAGAAAAUUUACUGACAAAUGCUGUGUUUAGGAUAAUUCUAUAUUGUACUUUGACAGGAAUUGAUAUUGAAAUAAAAAGUAAACAAACAGAGCCAUCAAAAAUAAUAAAUAGUUUAUCAAGAUUAUUGCCAAGCUCUAACAAUAAUACUGGUCUAAAGAUCAGACCGAUAAAUGUGGUACCAGCUGCACAGUCACCAGAUGUAUGUAUUUUAGAAGAAAUGGAUAACAGUAAUUUCAGUUGCAAAUGGAGUGGCACAUUGCCAACCAAAUGUCCUACCUUGAUGAACAAAAUAGUGAAUGCUAUGACAAAUAAAAAAUUCAAUGAUGUUGUUUUACAUCAACAUAUAAAAUCCUUAACAGUUGAGUGGUUAGGAAUUGCGAAAACUAUCAAGAUGGCUUUACAAUCUUCUGGAAAGUCAGAUGCAGUUACCAAGUUAAAACAAAUAUUAGGAGUUUCACCAAACGAUGAAUUGUUGGUGAAUUAUUGGUCACAAUCGUUCUGUUGUUUAUAAGGCUAUUAUAAAAAAUAUUUAUUUAUCAAUUGUUAUUAAAUUAUUUUUUCAACAU